AUGGUCGUGAUGAAGAUGAAGUUCCCCUUUCAAAAAAGGGUGAAGCUAGCCCAGGGACUGUGGAUCCUCUCCUGGUGUGCCACAGUGGCUGGGGCCAUAACCUUCACCCUGGGGUGCAUCCUAAAGACGGAGCUCCGCAGGAGGGCAGAGGUGAUGGAUAACACAGACAUACAUAUUGUGCCCAACACCCUCAUGAUAGUUGGUCUGGCCUCUUUGGGGAUCAACUACUUUUCCUCAAAGAUCUGUCAGGAUGCCCUGGAUGCUGGGCGAUUUCCUCGCUGGAAGAACUUCUUGAAGCCCUACUUUGCCGUCUCUUGUUUCUUCACUUCCCUCAUGCUGCUGGGUGUCAUCAUGAGCUAUGCAAUGAAGGGCAGUCUGGAGUCCUCUCUGAAGGUUGGCUUGAGGAACGGCAUCCGCUUCUACAAGGACACAGACACCCCAGGCCGCUGCUUCCAGAAACAGAACAUCGAUCGCCUGCAGAUGGAGUUUCAGUGCUGUGGAAACAAUGACUUCAGAGACUGGUUUGAGGUCCAGUGGAUCAGCAACCGCUACCUUGAUUUCAGCUCAAAGGAAGUGAAAGACCGAAUCAAGAGCAAUGUGGACGGCCGUUACUUGUUAGAUGGUGUCCCAUUCAGCUGCUGCAACCCCAGCUCUCCACGGCCGUGCAUCCAGUAUCAGCUCACCAACAACUCAGCUCACUAUAACUACGAAUAUCAGACUGAGGAGCUCAACAUCUACCUCCGAGGCUGCAGAGAGGCCCUGGUCAACUACUACAUGGGUCUGAUGAACACCAUUGGGGGUGGAGUGCUGUCAGUCUUCAUCUUACAGGGUUCUGUGCUGGUAAGCUUGCGGCUCCUGCAGACUUCGAUGGAGGCAGUGGCAGGGAAGGAAAACACAGAAAUUGAGACAGAAGGGUACCUGCUGGAGAAGAGCGUGAAGGACACCAUCAUGGAGUACAUCGACCCUGUGCUGAAGUUCCUCCUGCUAACGAACCAGGUGGAGGAGGGCACUCCUGCAGCUGCCUCAGCUACCCCAGCUGCCACCUAAACAGCACAUGAUGUACACACAUGUAAAUAAUUUUUACACAGAGAGGGCGACCCGUGAACGAUCAUUUAGAUUUGAAAAGAGAACUCGAAAAACACAGAUUUCUAUGAAUUUCUCAGAUUUAGGGAUAGUAUUUUUUAUUGUCAGAUGACAAUCGCAUAUAAAGUAAAUGUUUCCAGUACCACUGUACUUGCCCAUUCAAAUUUCAUGUGCUGAACUGAAACCCUCUCUGUUAAGCAUACUGUAUAAUACCAAAGAAGAUUCCCACAGAAAACCACAGAAAAUGAUUUGUACCAUUUUUGAGAUACUUCUCAAAGUACUCCUUAAAAUGAAUAAUCUGCUCAAUCACUCUUUUUUUUAAAGUUAUAUAUAUAUAUUUUUUUCUGUCAUUUACAUGAAUAAUAAACCCUUUAUUGUUACACUUGUUUACAGCUCCACAAAUACACAAAAUCAGUUCACUGCUUUUGAAUGUGAUGUGCAUUCCUAAUUUAAUUCUUAUGAUACUUGUCUGUAUCAGAAGGAAUAAAACAAUCAUCAAUCAGUUACUGGGUGAACAGAAAUUCAUGAGACUGGGUACAAAAAGGAUUUUUGGUCCUUAUAAAAAAAAGAUGUAAAGCUGACUGUAGAGAGACAUGAGGCAUAAUGCUCUGCUGCACAACAGGAAAAUGACAUAACAGAUGACUCAUUAAAGUUUGAAUUUACUA